UGAGAGAUCUUUACUCCGGCAGGGAAGCAGUGAGCAGAAAGAAGUGUUUUUUCCUGGAAAUACACGAGCAGAUAUUGAACUGUGGAAGCUUCCUGUUUUCUUAUAAAGAGGCUCUGAGGAGAGAAAAUCCAAGUUGCUUUAUCACUACUAAGCUGGUCAACUGGUUGAAGACGAGAUGAGUUCUGCGUGCCUACAUGUCAUGGGCUUCAUUUUCAGCAUAGUGGGUUGGAUUAGCAUUCUGAUUGCUACCGGCACCAAAGAGUGGGUGCAGGCUUGUUCGAUGCGAGCAAGUGCUUGCCAGCAAUUCAACAGCAUUAAACUACGGGGACUGUGGACGGAAUGCUAUCGAUCAGAUGAAGCCUACCACUGCAAGACGUUAUCCGAUAUCCUCAGAAUUCCAGCCUACCUGCAGGCCAGCCGUGCCCUGAUGGUCACUGCCUCCAUCCUGGGACUGCCCGCCGUCCUCCUCGUGCUGAUGGCAUCACCGUGCAUGCGGCUCGGAGCUGAAAACCAUUCUUCCAAGCACAAGCGAUCCCUGCUGGGUGCCUUCCUCCUCAUUCUGCUGGCAAUCUGUUCAGCAGUAGCCACCAUCUGGUUUCCAGUGGGAGUUCACAAAGCAGAGUACCUGCUCAACUUUGGCUAUUCACUCUUCCUGGGCUGGAUAGGCACAGGCCUCUGCCUGUUUGGAGGAGCGGUGAUUGCCUGCUGCACCGGCCCUUCACCAGAGCCACCAGAGAACCGAUAUUAUUUUGCUUCACAGGGGUCCUCCUCCAUGAUGAACGCAACGCACGCCAAGAGUGCGCACGUCUAAGGAACAAGUGUGUGGACUAGAAGAGCCCUAACAUAUCUCGUGUCAAUUAACUUGUGGCAAAGCACCAAUCUUAAAACACACUAUCUUCUGACAGAAUGGAGGACAGCCAUGGAAAUCAUUCUUCAUGUUGGACAGAGAAAUCAACCCUGGUUUAUGAUUUUAUUGUUGAUUUUUGCCAGAGUACAUUGAGGAAUAGUCACUGAGAAAUAUUGGUUCAUUGUUAUGCAAAUAUCUAACUUCAGAAGUUGAAGCAAGUCUUUAUUUGCUAAGGGGUGGGUGGGUUUCAAAGUUCUAUGUAAAUUUAGUGUCCAAGUUACAUAUAUGUCACCAUAUACAACCCUGAGAUUCACUUUCUUGCAGGCAUUCACACUAAAUAGAAAUUCAAACAACAGAAUCAAUGAAAAAACACACUCGGCAGAGAUGGACUGUCAAUGUGCAAAAGGCACCGAACUAUGCAAAUACAUAAAGAAAUAAAGAGAAUAAUAAUAAUAAGUAAGUCUUAAAAGUACAGAACAUGAGUUUUAGAGUUCUUAAAAGUCAGUCCAUCAAUUGUGGGAACAGUUCAGUGCUGGGGUGAGUGAAGCUGAGUGAAGUUAUCCCCUCUGGUUCAGGAGCUUGAUGGUUGAGUGGUAAUAACUGUUCCUGAACCUGGUGGUGUGGGACCUGAGGCUCCUGCACGUUCUUCCCAAUGGCAGCAGUGAAAAGAGAGCAUGGCCUGGAUGGUGGUGGAUGUUGAGAGGGGUGGGGAAGAGUUCAGGUUAUGGCAUUGAGGCAGAAGAUAGUUUCAGUUUACUUACUGAUCUAAGCUGGCCCUGUGGGUAAAGUAAGCCAGGGACUCAAACAUAAGACAUGACAUUGGAGCGGAAAUAGGCUAUUUGGCCCAUCUAGUACAUUCUGGCAUUCCAUCAUAACUGAUUCACCAUCCCUCUUAAGCCCAUCCUCCAGCCUCCUCCCAGUAACCUCUGACACCCUGAUUCAUCAUGAACCUAUCAGCCUCUGCCUUAAAUACACCCAAUGACUUGGCCUCCAUAGCUGGUUGUGGCAAUAAAUUCCUUAGGUUCCAAGAAAUUUAUUUUCAUCUCUUUUACAAAGGGUUGUUCUUCUAUAAUGAGGCUGUGCCCUCAGAUCCCAGAGUCCUCCACAUUAGGAAACAUCCUCUCCUCAUCUAUUCUAUCUGUACCCCCUGGUGCAGACUCCCCCACUGUAGGAAACAUUCUCUCCACAUCCACUCUAUAUAUACCUUUCAAUAUUCAAUAGGUUUCAAUGAGAUUCCCC